AUGGGUUCCAGAACACAUUUAAGACAUGCUCUAAUUGACAGAAAGAUCCGCACCCAGCAGCCCGGCCACAGGACAGUGAUUGUGAAAAUCGACAGGUCCCAGCUGGAUGCGUUUAAAAAUCUGGAAAAGAUCGAAAAGAUCUUUAGCAAAAGAGCAUAUCCGAAGCAUCCACCCAACACAGUCAACGCCAACUACAGCUGCGCUAUGAGUGCUAAGUAUGACGUCAUGGCCAUGGCAUUGGACAUGGGACUGGUCAAGACAAAAUAUCUGGCAUGGGUGGAUAUUGGUCUGUUUAGAAACCUACUGAACGAAGUCAUGAAACCAAAGAACAACAGCUUCAUCAUGGAGGUGCCUGCAGACUUCAACAGCAGUCGAGUGGGUUUUUCCCAAGUGUCGCCCAGAAAGUACAUGGAGAAGCUCAGCCCGUGGGAGUACAUCAGGCACAACCAAGUGUGGGUGGCGGGGGGUCACGUGAUGGGGACCCACGAGGUCAUCCGCACGUUCAUCACGUCGUACAAAUAUGUAUCCCAGGAGCUGAUCAAGGCCGGCAUGUCCAGCACUGACCAGCAGGUGAUUGGAGCCAUGUACUCACCUCAGUUCCGGCACCUGCAGAAGGUGGACAUACAGGGAUACUCGUGUGUGGACGGACAGUUUGGUCUACACGGCUCAGACGUGCAGUACUUUUGUUUGAGUUAUAUAUGCAAGGAGGCGGGGGAGAAGGCUAAAAAUAGAACUUUUGUUUGAGUUAUAUAUGCAAGGAGGCGGGGGAGAAGGCUAAAAAUAGUACUUUUGUUUGAGUUAUAUAUGCAAGGAG